GCUUCCGCGAAAAGUACGUGAGAUCCAAAGAAGCAUCAACCUUUAGCUGCUGAACCUAGCCGACUAGCGACCCAAAUGGAGUACCCCAGCGACUGCUUCAUUUUCAUACGAUAUGUCUCGCUUUUGAAGAGAAAGACAUGACAUCCGGAUCUGUAAUAAUAUACAGGGUUUGUGGGCAUCGGGUUGUAGAGAGUUUGUGGAGUUCGACGAGCGGUGUUAGUUAGUUAGCUAGUUAACACGCUGCUACGUUAGCUAGCUGGCUAGCUAGUUAGCUCUCGGCUUUAGCUAGUGCUUCAGGCUCUCUUACAUAAAAACAGCCAAUUGGCCGAUGUGGACUGGACUGAUGCAAAGACGGGCGUGUAGGUCAGUAGCUUAAAAAUAGACUCCAAUGUAUUGCCAACUAUAUAAAACCUAAACUUUGUUGCGUGGAUAUAGUAUCUUAACGCUGAGUUGGCACGAGAGACCAAAUGGGAAUGACGCUUCUUACUCACGUAUGACUUUACCCACCGCGUCUCGACUGAACACAACAAUGCUGAAGAAUAAGCUAUAUUUCACUGCGUUCUCUUAAAAAAAAAAAAAGACAUUAUCUGGAAAGUCCGUAACCUUAGCCGAAAAACUUAAUCUGACCGCCUCCGUGCUGUAAAAGCGGAACGACAGACUCAAAGCUUAGUGCGUAACGCCGACCUCCUUAACUCCUAGAAGCCAGGUUUAGGGAGACCUCAUUCCACACGGACCAGCGAUGUUACACAGGCGUCCCGUUUUAUCUGGAUUGAGGUUGUAUGAUUUAAGUCCUAACCCACUUCCAGUGACUGGCCGUGAUAGUCGGGUAUCAGUGAACCUCUUCGCCGUCGCUUAAGUAGUCGGUUUUUCCCUUUUGAAGGAAGACUAUGGAGACGGGGAUCAGGUCUCACCAGGGCGAGCUGUUCGUCCACCCGCUCUCCAACCCCGGGGCUGUGGGGAUCUGCCCCGAAAUGCUGGAGGUGGCAGAGGAGGCCAAUCGGGCUGGGGACUUUAACCUGGCUGCGGAGAUCUACAGCUCCCAGCUCGCGGACCUCCAGCAGACCGACCGGGGCUUGUGUCUGAGAAAGGCCGACUGUCUGUGCCGAGCCGGGCGGAUAUCAGAGGCUCUGGACUCGUACUGCACGGCGGCCAACCUGGGCAAACUGCGCGCGGAGGAACUCACCCUCUUGGUGGAAACCAUCGCCCGGACUCUCUGUGAAAAAGAACUGGGCAUCCCCUGGAGGUCAACCGGGCACGGUCCCGGUAGCAGCGGGGAAGACGGGGUUGAAAGUGAUGGAGAGUGUGAAGCGGAUGAACCACUGGACUUGUUUUCCUGUCGCCUCUGCAAGUGCCUGCUCCACGAGCCCACAACCGUGGAGUGCGGACACACUUUCUGCAAACGGUGCUUGGAGAACAACUGUGUCAAAGAGUGCGUGCACUGCAAGCAACAAUUGAACAAAAAAGAUGAUGGUCUGCUCAACGAGCGGAGAUUAAACGUUGUUCUCAGCAGCUUACUGGAUAAACUGUUCGCAACCGAAAGCAAGUCUAGGAAAUUCUGGAUCGAGGGAGAGGUUUUGUGGAAAAAUCAGAACCUCUCUGAAGCUUUGGAGAAGUACAACGCAGCGGUGGAACUAGUGCCCUCUUCAGGCAGACUGCUGUGUCAGCGGGCUGAGUUGCACAUGGAGAUGAGGAACUUCAGUCCGGCACUGCAGGAUGCAAACAGCCUCUGUAGGAUAAAACCUCUCUGGACAAAGGCUCACUAUCUGAAAGCCACGGCGCUGAUUGAAGCAGGCCGCAAUGAUGAGGCAUUGCAGGAAUACUUUGUGUGUGUGGUGCUAAAGCCCAACUGGACCAAAGUGAAACUGGAGGCUCAGAAGGUCCUCAGCGAUGUGUUCUCUUCUGUGUUUGAGAAUAGCGAGAUGCCAACUCCGCUGCACCCGUUGCAGGGGCCCGUGGCCACCCGCCUCAUCAAACCCCCUGCCUUGCUCAGGUCCCUGAGGCCACUCACACAGACACCUGGAUCCUCCUCACAGGACUCUGUGUUUAGUGUGACUAAAAGCGCUCCAGUGGGCGACUCACCCUUAAGACUCUCUGCUCCGUCUCCUGGUAAAUCUGAGCAUGCUGCAGGGGAGGGCCGCACCAAUAGCCUGGCCAGCUUUCUGGCUGCGCUGCCAGCACCCCCUGGUGGCCUCAAGAGGAAACACAGCGGUUAUGGACCCUCAGACGUCUUCAACCCCCCCUCCAAACUGCUCAGACCUGAUGAGGAGAGCACACUUAAGACGGGCGCAGUGUGUGGAGGGAGGACGUUUCCUGCUGAGUUGUUGGACAGUGGCGAUAUGGAGUGUUCCCUCUGCAUGAGAUUGUUCUAUGAGCCGGUGGCCACGCCCUGCGGACACACCUUCUGCCUCAAAUGUCUGGAGCGCUGCUUGGACCACAACUCCAACUGCCCUCUGUGCAAGGAGAAUCUGUCUGAGUAUCUGGCCACCAGGGGCUACAACAAGACCCUGCUGAUGGAGGAAGUACUGCAGCGUUACCUGGGAGACGAGCUGGCGGAGAGGAAGAAAAUCCAUGAAGAGGAGAUGAAGGAGCUGUCCAACUUGAACCAGGAAGUUCCCAUCUUUGUGUGCACCAUGGCCUUCCCCACCAUCCCCUGUCCACUGCACGUGUUUGAGCCGCGCUACCGGCUCAUGAUUCGCCGCUCCAUGGAGACGGGCACCAAGCAGUUUGGCAUGUGCAUAGCUGAUGAGCUCAAAGGCUUUGCUGACUAUGGCUGCAUGCUGGAGGUGCGAGAUGUGAAGUUCUUUCCUGACGGUCGUUCAGUGGUCGACACCAUUGGCGUGUCGCGGUUCAAGGUCCUCAGCCACGGCCAGAGAGACGGCUACAACACUGCCAAGAUAGAGUACCUGGAAGAUCAGAAGAUGGAGGGGGAGGCGCUGGAGGAACUUCUGAAACUGCACGACUCUGUGUACGAGCAGGCCAACAACUGGUUCACCUCCCUGAAAGACAACAUGAAGAGCCAGAUCGUCAGCCACUUCGGACACCUUCCCAGCAAAGACCCCGACCCACAGGGCAGCCCCAGUGGUCCGGCCUGGUACUGGUGGAUGCUCGCUGUCCUUCCGUUGGAGAAUCGAGCCCAGCUCACCAUCCUGGCCAUGACCUCCCUCAAGGACCGCCUCAUCGCCAUCCGCAGGGUUCUCAUAUUCGUCACGCGCAAGAGGCCGCGGUGAUUGCCAAGCCGCCCGGGGGACAAUUGGUUAAUUUGUUAAUUAGGUCACUCAUUGACUGAUUCAUUCAAUCAGUUAUAUAAUUUUGUUUAAUCAUCCAUUUACUUGCCCACUCUUACUCUUUUCAGUUAAUUCUCUCAGAUGCUCAUGAGCUCCUCGCUGUUCCAUGUUCAUGAGUACAUGUCAGUUGGUUGAGAGCGUCAGGUGGGCCCGGGUGCUUGCGUGAGGGCAUUCCUGGUUUCUCGUCUGCCUGCCUGUCCAUCCAGCCAUCCUCCCCACCUGCAUCUUCUCACUGGAUGAAUUAAACUACAGCACUUGAACCAUUGACCUCUCAACUCUUGUUCUUUGUCGAGGCGAGGUAAAGUCGGGUGAAGCUCGUUUACUUCCAAUUAGAUCUUUUACGUGAUUUACCUGUCUCUCUGUUAUGAAAGGAACAAAAGCUGUGUGAGCAGAAAGGAACUGGUUCAAGAGGGGUUAAUUUUUCUUAUAUAUAUAUAUAUAUAUAUAUAUAUAUACACUAAGCAGUAUUUCACAUAAGCUGAAAAAGCAGUGUGCCUGCCACAGAGCCAUGUGGCCCAACGCAUCUACAACUGUGACAGUUUGUACAGGUACAGUCACAACAAAGACUCAACUUACUAAAAUAUAAAGCAAAAACAAAACCCCUUGCUUAGUGGCAACACACUAAAGUGAAUGUACUAGUCCGGCUGUAGUGUCUGGAUGUUUUUCUUUCUGCUUACUACAUUUACAGAGUUGGUUUGGUGAGGUGCACAUGAGGUCAGGGUUCUGUACGUGCAACAGCUGCUUCCCUCUAAACCUCAAGUGCAAAAACCUGGAGCUUUCUAUCUGCUGCCUCACCCGGUGUUGGGCAUGUACCUCAGACUGUCUGAUAGAAAGUAUUGAGAGGAGCCUUAUUAGGCACUUGCUAACACUAAAAAACACAUACUAAACUGUGUGAGAACAAGUGCAACUCUACAACUUGUCAAAUGAGAUUAAGAGUUAAACAUAAGUCUGUCUAAGUUCAAGUUUAGAAAAAUGCACAUACAAAUACUUCCUUCCAGAUGCAGUUGAUCUGGAACUCUGUGUCCUAUUGUAGCAUAUCUCUGAUGACUUUAAAUACAGACUUAGGUAUAGGGGUUGAUUGUAUAUUCUUUUGUUUAGUUUCUCUCUCUGCUAUGCCCUUAAGUGUACGUGUUUGGUGAAAUCUCAAGUUGGGUGAUUUAUGUGUAUAUCAAUGUAACUCUGAGGCCUUUUUGAUGUUUUAUUUAAGGAGCUUUUCACCCUUUCUCUUCCUUUAUCUUGUCCUCUGUCAGCACAUUUACAUACACCCUGUCAUGCAAGUACAGUACAUAAAGUUGCCAUGUGAAGUUUUCUUGUAAACAAUUAUGUUUAUAUUAAAUGUUUCUCACCAGAACACAUUGUGCCUAUCCUUGAGGCCUGACAAAAAAUUUUGGAACUUGCAUUGUUUUAAUUUUUUUUUUUACUGGUGCAUUGGCGUGUCUCUCGGCACUUAACAUCACCAACCAUUGAUCGAUUUGAAGAGCUUCAAGCUGUUGACAGGAAUGUGUUCUCUCCACAGCGCUACUAGUGGUAUGAAGGAAAAUCAACCCUCUGAAGAUGAAAGACGCACCAGCGUGCCCACACAAUGUUUGACAAAACAAACUACUCAAAACACAAUAUUAAAAAAUUGCAUUUAAAAUCUGCAUAUACUAUUUGAAUCAUAUGUAACUUAAGAUUUUGCUAAACUCAAGCACCAAAACAAUUCGUACGUAUCAUAAUUUGAGGUUGGUUUUCAAAAGAGAUUUGAGGAAUUUCAAAAGUCCAACAUUGACGUUUCAGCUUGUCUUUUACACAUUGCUCUAGAAAAAUUGCGGGCAUCACUAUACGGAAAGCUGAGUUUGUGUUGAACGUUUUGAUAUGAAACACAUAGGCACUAGCUAUAUGCAAAUACCCUUAAAGAACAACGUAAGGGCGCCUGGUUAUCUCACAUGGUAGAGGGGGCACCCAAAUCUAGAGGUUUACUCAAUGCAGCGGUCGCUGUUUAGACUCCAACCUGUAGCCCUUUGCUGCAUUUCAAACCCUCCUCUCUUUCCCCUUUCAUGUCCAAGCUGUCCCAUACAAAUACAGGCCUAAAAUGCCCAAAAGAUAAUCUUAAAAAAAAAAAAUAGGUACAUUUAAGAUGCGUAGAAAUGCCUUUAGACGUCAGAGGGUUAAAGGAAAUGGGUUAUACGAUGAUGACCAUGUAGCCCACGUUUAAAAGUAAUGUUUUCACAACAGAUGACACAGAUGACCCAGCACAGAUUCCUGGUACUUUUGAGCUAUUCCACUGAUCGACGGGUGGUUGUGACACCAACUGUGGCAGUCAAAUGCAGGCAAGAAGAUUGGUGGGUGAUGUAAAAAACACCGGUUCUAAACUAUUCAAAACCGCAGCUUUGCAAAUGUUUUUCUCAGGAUUCAAAUUGUUUUGGUGAGAUUCACUGAAUGUAAACGUUUGUUUACAGUCAUAUUUGACAGCAUACCUUAAAACGAAGGAUGAAUGGUUAUAGGAAGUGUUGGUGGCUUAAGUGUAACUAUUUUUGGAAGUCAUAAAAUGAAAUCAAGUAUUUCCACUAACUCCAAAGAGUGAGAAACGGUGUAAGUCACAUGCUGAACUUGAAGCUGGUUAAGUUCUUUCAAUAUGACCGAUGUUGUGAUCACAUUGUUAGAGGGUGCGUUUAAAUGCACCGUUUCUAAUUCUGUUCUUCCAAACGUCUGAAUCCUCUGCAGUCCCUUGCUCUCCGUACAGUGCCGGGGCUCACAGUGUCCUUUCCCUGGUACAUUUGUAAAUUGAGAACUUAUACCAUUCUUUUUUUUUUUUUUGUUUAUAGCAAACAAAGAGAAACACAUUAAGUCUUGUUCCUACCUGUUGUUGGUUUGUAGCAGCUCAUUCAUUCAUUCAUUAUAGUUAAGAAGAAAGAAAACCAUGCUUUUUUUUUUGUUGUUGACUUAUUUUCAAUGGAAAGAGACGAAGAUACACAUUCCCACGCAGGAGCAACAUCCUCAUCUACACAUAUCACACUGUCAUACUCCCAUUUGAAUAGGUUAUGUGAAUUCUUGUGAUCUAUCAAACCGGUAAGUUCACUAGGUUUGAAGUGAACUAACUACUAAAAGUUUAAAAAAUGCAACUAAAAACGACUAAACUAAAACUAGUUUCUGAACUUAAUGAAAGCUUAACAUGCUAUUUAUCAGAACUUUGUUAAUUCUGAACUGUUCCUACACAAAUAGGAAGGGUGGGAAAACACUCGGCCACAGUUAAACGAGAUAAAUCCAAUCAGCCCACUGUGUUAACGUGGUGUUGAUCCAGUGUUAGUUGGCUACAUGCGCAGUUUGUAAAAAGUUGUUUUUUUUUUAUUUCACUGGGUAAGGUGCACAGUUAAAGGUCAAAUUUGUACGGAAGAGGAAUAGGGCCACUGGAAAACACUUUAUUUUUAAAUGUACAGGUAUGUUUAAAGUCAGAAUUCAGAAAUCAAUUUUCACCAAUGGCCCUAAUCCUAAAAAACACUAAUGCCAGUAUUUUCUCCUUUUGAAAUUCCCGUUCCGUGAGGGGAUGUCUGGGUUUUGGCCCGCAUGUUAUCAGCUGGCCAGUUUGACAGCCAGGCCAGGUUGCCAGAUGUACCUGUAAAAACGUAAACCCAGCGUGCUACAGCGGCAGUACAGCCAUGGAAGCAGCAAACAAACCAUUUACCUGUCCAUCAAAAUGAAAUGCAUCACCUGACUCUGAUACAAUAAACCUUAUAUUUCUCUAAUCAUCUCAGACUUUACAAGAGAAAGAAAAGUUACAAUUGCAAUAUGGUGAAGUUACAUCAUUGGAUGGUAUGUAAAGAUGUUAUUUAAAAAAACACCACAAGUAUACCACCUUGAUGACGGAAAGGUUGUUAAAAACAUUUGGGGAAUAAAGCGUAGUAUCCUGGUUAGAAUAAACAGGGAACAUUGU